UGCUGGCUACUGCCAGGUCCGAGUGCCUACUAGGGCGAACGAGAGGGCAAAAUUGGCAGAUCAGCCAGAGGAAGAAGGAACGAAGUUAAGGAGUCAGAUCUCUCUCUCUCUCUCUCUCUCUCUCUCUCUCUCUCUCUCUCUCUCUCUCUCUCUCACACACACACACACACACACACACACACACACACACACACACAUACACACAGCUCGCACGUACACUCGUACACUCAAAACUCGGACUGGCGACUCCGCGGCUCCUCCAGUCACUGGAAAAGGCGAGCUAGUGAGCACUCUCCGGACCACUGCGCCCACCCCGGCUCCGGCACGCGCCCAAGGCACCUCUAGUCCGUUUCCCCAGCGCAGCCGCUUCGACCGGGUGUUCCCGAAAAUAAACUGGGGAGGGAGGGUAGAGACAGCUCCUGAAAACACUCGGGCCACACACGCAGCGACCUACAGCUCUUCCUCAACGUCGGAGUGGAGACAACGCCUGCAGCGCCUUGCGCCUGGUGCUGCCCAAGAAGAGCCCACCUGCGGGUCCGCGCUUAAUCGGCGCAGAAAGUGGGGCUUGUAGCUGUCCGGUUCCAGCUGUGCUCUGGGCUCUGAGCGCCCUUACCGCAGCGGCUUAGAAGUUCAAUCCUCGGCUCUGUCGCCGACCCCUCACGCCUUGGGAGUGUUUCCCAGCGAUGCAGAGAGCGGACGCGCGGCACCCGGACAUAGCCAUGUCUGGGAUGCGCAUCCUGCUCUACCUGUGGCUGGGCUGCUUCGGCGUGAGCCUGGUGCAGGGAGAGAGACAGAAGCACCAUUUGCCCGAGCUCCACAAAGCUGUGCCAGGAGUCCUCUCGGCAGGUAGUGGCCCCGGCCCAGAGUUGCAGCCUCAUGACAAGGUGUCGGAGCAUAUGCUGCGGCUCUAUGACAGGUACAGCGACAGUGGCAGAGUCCAGGCGGCACGGAUGCCAGGCUCCCGAGAACGAGGCUCGCAGCCCCUGCGCCCUCAGCCCCUGCGCGAAGGCAACACAGUUCGCAGCUUUCGUGCGGGAGCAGCAGGAGACCUUAAAAGCAAGGGACUACAUAUUUUUAAUCUGACUUCUCUAACCAAGUCUGAAAACAUUUUGUUUGCCACACUGUAUUUCUAUAUUGGAGAGCUAGUAAACAUCAGCUGGAAUUGUCCAGUGCCCCAGGGAUGCUCACAUCAUGCUCAGAGGAAACACAUACAGAUAGAACUCUAUGCAUGGAGCCUCAAAGCUAACCUAAACCAAAGCCAACUCCUGGGUCAUCUGUCAGUAGAUGUAGCCAAAUCUCAACGAGACAUCAUGUCCUGGCUAUCUAAAGAUAUCACUCAGCUCUUGAAGAAGGCCAAGGAAAACGAGGACUUCCUAAUAGGAUUUAACAUGACCUCCAAAGCACAACAACUGCCAAAAAGGAUGGUACCUUUUCUGGAGCCUUAUAUCUUGGUGUAUGCCAAUGAUGUUGCCAUUUCUGAACCAGAAAGUGUGGUAUCAAGCUUACAGGGACAUUGGAAUUUCCCCACUGGAGCUGUCCCCAAACUGGAUAGCCACAUCAGAGCUGCCCUUUCUAUGGAACGAAGGAAGAAACGCUCUACGGGUAUCUUGUUGCCUCUGCAGAACAAUGAGCUUCCUGGGGCAGAGUAUCAGUACCAGGAGGAGGGAGUAUGGGAAGAGAGGAAGCCUUACAAAACCCUUCAGACUCAGCCUCCUGAGAAGAGUAAGAACAAAAAGAAACAGAGAAAAGGACCUCACCAAAAGAGCCAGACACUUCAGUUUGAUGAACAGACCUUGAAGAAGGCAAGAAGAAAGCAAUGGGUUGAACCUCGAAAUUGUGCCAAGAGAUACCUUAAAGUGGACUUUGCUGAUAUUGGCUGGAGUGAAUGGAUUAUCUCCCCCAAGUCUUUUGAUGCUUAUUAUUGCUCUGGAGCCUGCCAGUUCCCCAUGCCAAAGUCUUUGAAACCAUCAAAUCAUGCUACCAUCCAGAGCAUAGUGAGAGCCGUAGGGGUUGUUCCUGGGAUUCCUGAGCCUUGCUGUGUGCCAGAAAAGAUGUCCUCACUCAGCAUCUUAUUCUUUGAUGAAAAUAAGAAUGUAGUGCUUAAGGUUUAUCCUAACAUGACAGUAGAGUCUUGUGCUUGCAGAUAACCUGGCAAAGAACUCAUUUGAAUGCUUCAUUCAACCUUUAGUUUAUUUUU